AUGUCGGCGGCCGCGGUGUCCCAGCUGUUUGCGCUGGCGGAGGUGCUAGCGCGCGAAGGGUACCCACUGCAGGCCAUGCGGUGCUACGAGGCGAUAUUCGUGGAGAUAGAGGCCAGGCUGCGGCUCGCGCGGCUUCUGCUGGCCUUCACGCACAACCUGCGCGAGGCUAAGAACCACCUGGAGCGGGCCAACCUACUCGCCAGAACCCGACUGUCCGUGCGCCAUAUCGAGCGAGUCCAGGUGCUCUUCGAGGUGGCCAGGUGCUACAGGUUCAUGGGCUCGGCGAAGAUGGAGGAGGACAAGCUUCAGGAGGCCAUAAAAAUCGCGCUGCGCGAGCCGAAGGGCUCGCCGGCGCGGGCUGACUGGCUGUGUACCCUGCACCUGUCUCUCUCCGCGGUCCACGCGUCGCAGAAGGGCGUCAAGGCCGCGAGGAACGCCCUCGACCGACUGGACGGCUACAUCAAGGAAGCCAAGGACCGCCCGGACCUGCGCGCUGUCGCCGUCAUCCACCGCCUGCAGAUGGAGUGCGUGGCCGGCGAGGACCCCGACGCGCUUCGGCCGCUCUUCCAGCUCUGCGACACCGCGAUCGACGACGCCCGCGCCCUCGCCGGCGCCCCGCCAGCGCUGACGGAGCACAUCACCUACCGCGACGACCUGCCGCUCCUCGCGCAGCAGCUCGAGCUGCACGCCGUCGCCCUGAAAGCCCUCUACGCGCUCCGCUGCGGCGCGUCGCCCGACGCCCUCGGCGCGACGCCCGCCGCGCUCGCCGGCGCCGUGCAGCGGGCGGGGGAGUUCGCGCGCCUGACGCAGGGGCGCGAGCCGCCGUACGCGUGGCUGCCGGCGCCGGCGAUCGUCGCGCUCCUCACGAUGCUGGACGCGCACCAGCGGCGCGUGGACCCGCAGCAAGCCGGCAAGGUCGUGGGGGACUUGGAGGGGGUAGUAUUGAUGCUCGCGAGGUCGCUGGACGAGGCCGGCGUGGACGUGGCGGUCGGGAAGGCGCACAACGAGGAUAGCGUGCCGGCAGCGGUGAAGAUGGGAGACGCCGGGGCGCUGCUCUCGAUGUUUUGUCUGGUGCUGGAAGGCACCUGUCUGGCAAAGCUGGCGCGGGUGGACAUCGACGGCGCGCAGGGGUACGUCGUGCAACUCCUCGACCUGCUGCAGCGCUUCCCCAAGACGCUCGCGCGAUUCCAGCCCACGUGCCACGUCCUCUGCGGGCUGUACGCCCACGCCACGGAGGAGUACCCCGCGGCGGCCGCGCAGUUCCGCCUCGCCGCGGCGGCCGCGCGCGACGAGGAGGGGGUGUCUGUGGCCACCUCCUUCGCAGCCAUCGCCGCGCUGUGCGGCGUGGCCGUGCAGCGCAAGCGUCGCGUCGCGAACAGCAGCGACGACGAGCUGGACGCGGACGCCGACCCCACGACGCCGCCAGGGCGGAGGAUCAGCGGGCUCCCGCCGACGCCGGCGGAGACGCUCGACGACGCCAUCGAGACGCUCGGGAGCCUGCAGGAGCGGUGCCUGACGCUCAAGGGGCCGAGGGGGCGCGCCGCCGCGAUAUUCGCGACCGCGGCGGUGCGGCUGCGGCAGGGGAAGUUCGACGGGGCUCGGAAGUUACUGAAGCAGGUGUUGAAGUUGGCAGAACAGACUGCGGACAACCACCUGAUGUGCAGCGCCCUCAACAUGAUGGCCCCGGCCGCCGAGGGAGCCGGUCGCGACUUCACCGCGCUCUCGGACUUUGCGGACAACGCCUUUGCGCAGGCAUACAAGUCGAAGAACCUCCCCGCGGAGCUCGCGGCGCUGGACGUGCUGAUUGCCUGCGAGCGGGACGAUGCGGAGCGCGCGAAAAAGGAGCAGCACCGCGCGAAGCGUUUCCGGGAGCUCACCACGUGCAUUGAGACAGCAAAGGCCGACGUGAAGAGACACCGCGCGGUACUCGGGUUCAAGUGA